CCCCGCCGGACACAUCUCCGGAGUGACGCCGGCCGCGGUGCCGGGUGUCAGCGAUGCGAACCAACAGGGUUUACAAGCUGUGGAUCCACAAGAAGGGCUUCGGCGGCAGCGACUAUGAACUGAUGGUGAACCCCAAAGUCUUCCCUCAGGUGAAGCUGGGUGAUAUUGUGGAGAUUGCACACAUCAAUGAUGAGUACAGCCCUCUACUUCUGCAGGUGAAGUCAUUGAAAGAAGAUCUGCAGAAAGAAACUAUCAGUGUGGACCAGAUUGUUGCCCAGGUAUUUAAACUCCGAGCUUACCAGGAUGUCUAUGUGAACAUUGUGGAUCCCAAGGAUGUCACCCUUGAUUUGGUGGAGUUGACCUUCAAGGACCAGUACAUUGGGCGCAGUGACAUGUGGCGGCUGAAGAAAAACCUGGUUAACACCUGUGCUUACAUUACACAGAAAGUGGAAUUUGCAGGAAUAAGGGCACAAGCAAGUGAACUUUGGGUCAAAGGUGAAAAGGUCACAUGUGGAUACAUAAGUGAAGACACCAGGGUGGUGUUCCGAUCUACCUCUGCCAUGGUCUACAUUUUCGUCCAAAUGAGCUGUGAGAUGUGGGACUUCGACAUUUAUGGUGACUUGUACUUUGAGAAGGCUGUAAAUGGUUUCCUUGCUGACCUCUUUGCCAAGUGGAAGGAGAAGAAUUGUAGCCAUGAAGUGACAGUGGUUUUGUUUUCUAGAACUUUCUACGAUACCAAGUCAGCAGAUAAAUUUCCUGAGAGUCACCGAUCCUCCGUUCAGCAGGACCACGAGGGACGGUUCUAUGAAGACUUUUAUAAAGUCGUGGCCCAGAAUGAAAGGCGGGAAGAGUGGACUUCACUACUUACAAUGAUUAAAAAGCUCUUCAUCCAGUACCCAGUGUUGGUGCGGUUGCAAGAAGCAGAUGGUUUUCCACGUGGACAGAACUCGACAGCAGCCCAAGGAAACUACCUGGAGGCCAUCAACCUCUCCUUUAAUGUGUUUGACAAGCAUUACAUAAACAGAAACUUUGACCGCACUGGACAAAUGUCUGUCGUUAUCACGCCAGGGGUAGGAGUGUUUGAAGUUGACCGGCUGCUGAUGAUUCUCACCAAACAGCGGAUGAUCGACAAUGGUAUUGGUGUUGACCUGGUGUGUAUGGGUGAGCAGCCUCUUCACGCUGUGCCCUUGUUUAAGCUGCACAAUCAAAGUAUCCCUGGAGAUUCUCGUCUGGGUGACGACUACAACAUUCCCCACUGGAUAAACCACAGCUUUUACACCUCCCAGAGUCAGUUAUAUUGUAACGGCUUCACUCCUCGCAUCAAACUGGCGGCAAGGAAGACACCUGCAGAGAAAGGCAAGACUAGUCGAGAUAACACCAUUGGCGCCAGCGGCCCGAAGGAAUCUGAGAACAGCCUCCCAAUCCAGGUGGAUUAUGAUGCCUACGAUGGUCAGGUAUUCCGAUUACCAGGACCUUCUCGUGCCCAGAGGCCCACCUCCUUCAGGCCUGUUCGGGAGAAUCACACCAGAAAGAGUUCCAGCUCCUUUGACGUUUCCAACAGCCCGCCCCACCACCGAGGGACCCUGCCCCUGGAAGAAGUCCGGAGCCAGGCCUCUGACGACAGCUCCCUGGGAAAGAUUUCAAAUAUCCUCCUGAUCCCACGGCCCCACCUUCACCAGUACGAAGUCAGCAGCUCUCUGGGCUACACCAGCACCAGGGAUAUCCUGGAGCGAAUGAUUGACUCACAGCAGCGGGAUUCCAGUGCUCCGGGGCGGUUCCACGUGGGCAGCGCCGAGUCCAUGCUCCACGUCCGGCCGGGAGGCUACACCCCGCAGCGGGCGCUCAUCAAUCCGUUCGCUCCUUCCCGCAUGCCGAUGAAGCUGACGUCUAACAGGAGGAGGUGGAUGCACACGUUCCCCGUCGGUCCCUCUGGGGAAGCCAUCCAGAUCCACCACCAGACCCGGCAGCACAUGGCUGAGCUUCAGGGCAGUGGCGCCCGCGACGCCACGCACUCCUCGGCGGAACUGCUGGAGCUGGCCUACCACGAGGCCACGGGCAGGCGGGGCACAGCCCGACAGGCUGCCGAUAACCUGUCCUUCCUUGGUUGUACGGGAACGGACGAAUUUGCCAGCAGCCCAGCCAGCAGUCACAGUGCAGGGACCCCUCUGAACCAGGCGUCAUCCCAAGAGAACUCCUCGACUGGCCGUGAUCCAAUUCUGAUGCUGUCUGCUCCUCCUGUAGUGCCCAGUUUCUGUUGCACAGUGGGUGUUGACUGGAAAUCUCUUACCACACCCGCCUGCUUGCCACUCACUACAGAUUACUUCCCCGACCGGCAGAGCUUGCAGAAUGACUACACGGAAGGCUGUUAUGACCUCCUCCCAGAGACUGCUGUUGACAGGAGAGAAGAGGACGGGCCUAUCACGUCAGCCCAGCAGGUGUUUGAGGAGUUCAUUUGCCAGCGGCUCAUGCAGGGCUACCAGAUUAUUGUGCAGCCCAAGAACAAGCUGGCCAGCACUGCAGCCCCGGCCCCCCUCAGCAGCAGCCCCCUCUACACACGAGGUCUGGUGUCCAGGAACAAGCUGGAAGAGGAGGAGAUCUCGUACUGGCUGAGCAUGGGACGCACCUUUCAUAAGGUCUGCUUGAAGGACAAGAUGAUAACUGUCACUCGUUACCUACCCAAGUAUCCCUAUGAAUCUGCUCAGAUCCAGUACAUCUACAGCCUCUGCCCACCACAUUCAAGCACAGAGUUUGUGUCAUGUUGGGUGGAAUUCUCUCACGAGCGUCUGGAGGAGUACAAAUGGAAUUAUCUGGAUCAGUACAUCUGCUCGUCAGGCUCCGAGGAUUUCAGUUUGAUCGAGUCCCUGAAGUUCUGGCGAACUAGGUUCCUGCUGCUGCCAGCCUGCGUAACGGCCACGAAACGUAUCAUGGAGGGUGAGAGUCACUGUGACGUUUACGGGGAGAAGCUGCGUUCAGACCAGGAGGAGUGGCAGCUGCUGGACGGCUUCAUUCGAUUCGUGGAGGGUUUGAAUAGGAUUCGGAGAAGGCAUCGCUCUGACAGAAUCAUAAGGAAGGCAGCUCCCAUUAAAGGCCUGCAGAUGUCCGGCUCCCUGUCAAGCUAUCCCACUGAACCAGCAGGACCCCCACUGGGGAAGAAAGGAACUUCAGCUCUGUCUGCCUUGCUGGAGAUGGAGGCCAACCAGAGGAGCUUUGAGGAGCAGCAGGCAGCGGUACACUCUGGGAAGGGAGCUGCCUCGUCCUCGGAGAGCACUCCCCAUUCAGGGGCAAAUGUCGUCAUCACUCCCACGCAUGUGGACAGUCCGAGGAAGGUUCAAGGAGACCAGAUGUUGAUUGGCACCGACCAUUCAGAUUACAGCCCAGCUUUGGCAACCACUGCUGCAUCUGGGGACAGAUCAGGCAACUUGCAGACCUCUGCCAUGGGAGUCGCUCAGGCUGUGGGGGACCAGUGUUUGGUCGCCACCACAGGAGAGGGAAGCAGCCAGCUGUCCUCUGGGAUCGCAAACGCAUUGACUUCCUCCUCGUCUCUCGCAGAGAUCCUGGAGACAAUGAAGCACCCCACUACUGGUAUUCAGCUGCUUCCUGAACAGAGAGGGCUGCACCCCAAUUGCUUCAUCAGCGCGGAAGUGGUCCACUGGCUCAUCAGCAAUGUUGAAGGUGUCCAGACGCAGUCCAUGGCCAUCGACAUCAUGCAGAAGAUGCUGGACGAGCAGCUCAUCGUUCACGCCUUUGGGGAAUCCAUGCGGACCUUUGUGUACGGUUUCUACCUGUACAGGCUCCUCUCAGACAAGGACACAGAGAAAGGGACUAUGCAGCCUUCCACUAUCUGGUACACUUCCACAAUGGACGACCUGGCUGCCUUCCAGCGCAAGUGGUUUGAGGUGGCUUUCCUCACAGAAGAGCGACUUCACGUCGACAUCCCUGCCUUCCUGUUACCGUGGUUACCCAGUAGGCCAGCAUCCUAUGCAAGUAGGCACAGUUCCUUCAGCCGCAGUUUUGGAGGACGAAGUCAAGCCGCUGCCUUACUAGCUGCCACGGUCCCUGAGCAGAAGACAGUGACACUGGACGUGGAUGUCAAUAACCGUUCGGACCGCGUAGAGUGGUGCAGUUGCUAUUACCACGGGAACUACUCGCUGAAUGCUGCGUUUGAAGUCAAGUUGCACUGGAUGGCAGUAACAUCAGCUGUGCUCUUUGAAAUGGUACAAGGCUGGCACAGGAAGGCCACCUCCUGCGGCUUCCUCCUGGUACCUGUCCUGGAAGGCCCGUUUGCUCUCCCCAGCUACCUCUACGGAGAUCCACUGCGAGCACAGCUCUUCAUCCCCCUCAACAUCAGUUGCUUGGUGAAGGAUGGAGCUGAGCAUCUCUUUGACGGAUUUGAACCCGAGACCUACUGGGAUCGGAUGCAGCUCCUUCAGGAGGCCAUUCUUGCCAGGUUUGGAUUUGUUCAAGACAAGUACUCAGCCUCGGCCUUUAACUUCCCUGCAGAGAACAAGCCACAGUACAUUCACGUCACAGGUACCGUGUUCCUUCAGUUGCCGUAUUCCAAGCGCAAGUUCACGAGUGGCCAGCAGAGACGGCGGAGGAACUCCACCAGCUCCAGCACCCAGAGUCUGUUCGGCGAGGAGAAAAUCGGCUACAACUGGGCCUACAACACCAUGCUGACCAAAACCUGGCGCUCUAGCGCCACCGGCGAUGAGAAGUUCGCCGAUCGUCUGCUCAAAGACUUUAAUGACUUUUGCUCCAAUAAGGAUAACCGCUUGCUGAACUUCUGGGAAAGCUGCCUGGACAAGAUGCAUUCCAGUGCACCCUGACAUGGGCAAAGCCAUAUCCACGUACGGCCAGUUGUGGCAUGUGCAUCUACCCUUCACCUGAUGGAAGGUCUGGCACAUGCACCCAAUGUCUUCCGGCACAUGCAUCCAAUCGCUUCCCAUCAGAAGCACAUUGAAAACUCUACGUGUUAGUUGAGCUACAACAACACCAGGGCACACUGCCCUGCACAUUCAGUUUCUUGCUGUCUCAGCUGAGAUUUCCUGAUGGCUAUUCCUUUAACAUCCCACUUCCACUCUCCAAGGUUGACCCUAGCGAUACGUUUGAUCACACUGACUUUAAAUGCAGGUAUUAUCUCAAGUCCAACCAGUCCUUCAAAAGCCUGGAAUACUUGAUGAAUCCUGUUGGGCAGAAGAGGGGGUGGCUUCCUGGGAUUCAAAAUAGAGAGGUUUUGGAAGUGAGUCCAGAAACUCUGAGGGAAAUUGGCUUCAUCGGUGAAUGCAUCGUGCAGUCGAUCCCCUUUGUUAACAAGCAUCUCCUUCCCCAACAACUAGCGAUUUAGCUUCUGUGGUUCCUGCUCACUCCAAGCCUAAAUGACCAGGUCCCCACACUUUGUUGCCACGUGCCUUUGCCUUAAACUGUGUUACAUUGUGAAGUCCUGGUACUGGCUGGCAUCACACUCCUGUUGAGCCUUUGUGUUAUUGAGAUAUUUCCCUCUCGUUAAGAAGUGGAAAGACUUGACAACAUGCAGAGUUGAACACUGCUGCAGGCACGGUCCUGCUAAUAACAUGUGUGACCCAUCCAACUUGUAACGUGAUCUACACCAUUUCCCGUUUCUUUUAUUUCAGGGUUACCUUCCAUAGUGUUCUCCUUUCCCUCUAACAUAGUGACACCCUCCCCAAGGGCAGUACCGAUGUUGGUCCUGAGAAUGGAAAUCCAUUUGUAGACUGUGCUGUGCUGAAAAUAUCCCAGUGUCUUCUGUUGAAUGAAUGCCAGAACCAAGCUCAACUUCCUUCGGGGCAGUUAUUACCUUACAUGAUUUAUAGAAAAUGAAACAACAUUUGUCUGCACUCGUGGAUCAGCUGAGAUGGGAAAAUCAGAAAACCAGGGCAGUUGGUGUGCCUGCUCCCUCCUGCAUGGACUUCUGAGUGGUGUUUCACACUGACCUGUGCUGCCAGUACGAACCAGGACUUACAUUGAACCAUGAAGGGGAAAAACCUGCCACUUUUGACACUCCACAUUAUCUCAGUGUAGUCACUAAAUAUGAGGAUAAUAUGGAAUAUUUGUUAGGCCAAUGCACUUGCGCAAGACAUUUUAAAUCCUCUCCUUUAAUUAUUACCACAGCCGGUGGACCCCCGCUGUUGUGUGACUGUGGGACAGUUGGUGAGUGAUUUGGGCUCCAUGAAAGUGCCCAUUUUCUCCAAUACUCUUGCAAAGAGAAACCUGCAUCUUUGACUGUUCCUCAACUUUAUCUUGAUAAUUUAUAUUUACAAAUAAAAAGAGGAAAAAAUGGUAGGUUUUUUUUACAAUCUUUGUAAUUCUGAAGAGCAAGUUGUUGGGCUGUGCAAUGUUAAAUCAUUAGAGCAAGAUUAAAGUGUCUCACUAGUGGAUUUGCAGUCUCGGUAGAUUUUCAGUAUGUCUCUUCCCUACGUUGAAAUGCUGAUCCCAAAGCCACUGAUGGCUGAAGAUGUGGGGCUGGUGGGAACUCUUCCUUCAUCCUUGGCACUUCACCCUUUGACCAAACUUCUCGUAUCUCGAUCUCCUCGAGCGGCUCAUUGUCAAUCACUGUCCAGCUCUCCUCCUGUGCUGACCUUGUGUGUUUCACUGCAUUAAAGGCACCGUGUGAAUACGACAGGAAUAGUCGCCACGUCCAUGGUGGAGAAAUGGCAGAUGGAGUUUAAUCCGAGCAAGUGUGAGAUGUUGCACGUCGGGAGGUCAAGUGUAUGGG